AAUUUCCCACAGCACACCUGACGAUCUCUCACUGCACACUGGUGUGCCGCGGCACAGUGGUUGAAAAUCACUGAGUUAGAUGCUCUCAGUACAGGCCUCCAGAUUAGAUUUUUGUGUUCAAUUAAUUGGGUGAAGACCGAUCAUGUGGCUAUUUAUGUACACUGCUGUAUGUGGUGAAGCUCUGUUUACAUCUUCCUUUAUGACAGAUGUCCUUGCCUUCAGCUAGUGUGGAAGAAUUCCAAACCAAAAGAUGUGUCACAACCAAAGUAGAGUUGCCCUGACUCCAAGACCUGAACUCGUAUUUGACAUGCAGCCAAACUGAUGCUAGAAACCAUGCCGGCGACGUCUCUGCACCUGUGUGAUUGAUGGAGAUGUCAGACUGAAGUCUUGACUAAAUCUGAGUAAAUGUCUGCUUCCCCAAUAGUGUUUAACUCCAACUGAUGUUAUCUGCUACCUCGCGUAAACAGUGAAGCCACACACACUCAUUAACAUUAACCAAGACGUGUGUGUUGUUCAGUCCAUGCCAGUAGCUCAGUGAUUUUCCAAAAAAUUUACUUUCUUUUUUAAAUUGUUUUGAAUAUUACAAUAACACUUGAAUGCCAAAAACAAAACUUUAUUUGUCAAAAUCUUUUUUUAAAUGUUUGUUUAUUUUUUUUAAAUUAAACCUUCUCAUAACAGUUUUCCUCUGGUAUGAGCUGUGUGAAAUGAAAAUGAAUAUAAAACUUUUUGCACAGUUGGACUUAUAUCACACAUAUGAUCUAAAAUGUACUUUGAGUUGUGCUGAUAACGAUGUGAAUUCACCUUUGAGCAACAUAAGUUAAACAAAAGCUAUUUUAUAGAAAAUAUAGUCACCAAUAAACUGUUUUCAUAAAUAAUUUUUGUGUAUGGCGUUUGUUGUGGUGUACCAAACUAUUCUGCUGCAUGUUGCUGUGAUGCCUAUCGUGAAAACCACCGUUGCCUUUAAGGUGGUUAGUGUAAUGUCGGUUCCCAGAACAUAUAGUUGAUCAGUCCAAUAAAAAUAUGGCAUGUAGUAGAAACAUAUUUCUAUUUAACCUGUAGAUUUGUCCCUUAAAAUCACUAACCAGGGAUUAAAUGAAAAAAACAACCAGUGGUGUACAUAUUUAUCUUAAUUUGUGUACGUUCACCCAUUUCAAGGUAAUUUAUAACAUUUCCGAGGGCACCUGAAGGCAACGAGGACCCACCAAUGACAGUGGCCAAUAGAAUCCCAGCUGUUGCUAGGUAACGUUUGUUUGAUGUAGCUAACGUUGGAGAGCUGUCAGGCUGGUUUGAGAAAAGAGUGGUAGGUUAGUUAGUUAUUUUUUAAGCGACUUUCUUGAUGUUAGUAACGUUUGGGCGUAUCAACAUUUUACAGCAUAAUACAUUGUUUCAGCCAUGGCUCUUGCAACGCAGGGCGUGCCUCAACUUGAACUAGAGGCUGUUAUUGGGUUUAACGGGCACGUGUUUUCUGGUCUGAGAGUCCAUCCGGACCGAGAGCACCUGAUCUACCCUCUGGGAUGCUCGGUCAUUCUUCAGAGGAUCGAAGAUGGCAAGCAGGAGUUCCUGCAUGGACACACGCACAAUGUAACCUGUAUUUCAGUGUCCACAAGUGGAUCGUAUAUCGCCUCUGGACAGGUCACCUUCAUGGGCUCUGAUGCUGCGGUUAUCAUCUGGGACUAUGCACAGCGGACAAUCUAUGCCCAGCUGCUGGACCACAAGGUAAAGGUAGAAGCACUGGCCUUCUCUCCCAACGAGAAGUACCUGGUGUCCCUCGGAGGUCAGGACGAUAGCAGGAUAGUGGUAUGGAAUAUUGAGACCAAGCAGUCCAUCUGUGGGAGCCUGGCUUCACCGCGCAGCGCCGGUAACUGCCUCACUGUGCAGUUCUCAAACACAGACGACAAUGUCUUUGUUUCUGCCGGGAGCGGAACCUUGCGAGUCUGGGAGCUGGACCUCCCCAACAGGAAGAUCAGGCCCAUGGAGUGUCAGACAGGCAAGCUGAAGAGGACUGUGAAAUGUAUACAGAUCUCAGAGGACGAUCAGUUCAUUUUCUGUGGCACCACCAGUGGAGACAUAAUGAAAAUCAACCGGAAGACGGGGCUUCUGAGUGACUCUGGUCCAGCUAAAGACAAAUACAGCAUGGGUGUCAAUGUCCUAAGGAUUCUGAAGCAUGGGGACCUGCUCGUGGGCUCUGGAUCCGGCACCUUGACUCUCUGUUCCAGGACUAACUUCAAAACUCUUAAGAAAGUCCAGCUGGAGAAGGGUGUGACCUCCAUCGCUAUGAGAGGAGAGGGCCAGCAGUUCUUCGUUGGGACGGAAGCGGCUCAGAUGUACCGCUGCGGCUAUGACGACCUCAAAGAGGAACUCAUUUCCACCAGCCACAACAGCGCUAUCAAGGACGUCGUCAUAGUUUAUGGAACAUCUGAAUUGUUUGCAACCUGCUCCGAGGAGGACAUCAGGUUGUGGCACAUAAACAUGUCCAAAGAGCUGCUGCGGAUCACCGUGCCCAACAUGACCUGCAACUCCCUGGACAUCAUGGUUGACGGACACAGCAUCAUCAGUGCAUGGAACGAUGGCAAGAUCCGCGUGUUUGGGCCGGAAAGUGGCUUACUCAUGCACAUCAUUCAUGAUGCGCACAGGAUGGGCGUGAAAGCCAUCGCUGGCACCAGGGACAGCAAGAGGAUCGUCAGCGGAGGGGGAGACGGACAGGUCUGUGUUUGGGAGCUGCAGCCGCACGGCCAUCGGCUGCUGGAGGCCAUGAAGAAGCACAGAGCCGGAAUCACUUGUAUCAAGAUCAAGAGUGACAGCAAAGAGUGUGUCACUGCCAGCGCUGAUGGUACCUGGAUCAUCUGGGACAUAGUGCGGUUUGUGAGUCUUCAGAUGGGGAUUAACAACACACAUUUCCGGACGGUGUGCUACCACCCAGAGGAAUACCAGAUCAUCACCAGUGGGACUGACAGGAAGGUCGUCUACAGGGACGUGUUUGACGGAUCCGCCAUCAGAGAACUGGAGGCGUCGCAGUCCGGGUCCAUCAACGGCGUGCACGUCUCACAGGACGGCGGGUACUUUGUGACAGGCGGAGAUGACAAGCUGGUGAAGGUGUGGGACUACAUGAAAGGUGUGGUCACCCACGUAGGAGUAGCUCACAGUAGCAGCAUCACCAGCAUCAAGAUCUGCUCCAAUAGCCGCAUCUUAAUCAGCACCAGCGCCGACGGAGCCAUUCUCCAGUGGAGGUUCCCUCACCCUUCGGCCUCUUAAAUACUGCACACGGCGACUUGUAAUCCACACUCAUACUCAAAUGUAUCCGACGUUAAUCUUUCCUCUUAGCAACUGUUAUGAGAGUUCAACUGUAUUACAUAUAAGUUUACACUCAGACCGAAAUGAAAUAAAUGUGAUGAAGCAUUAACGACUUUGUUAUGUGUCGAGAAUGGAUGAUAUAAAAAAAGAAAUGAAAAGAUUACACUUCCUGAACAGUGCGGGCACUUGAGUGGUGAUUCCCCACAGGAGCUGAAUAUAGGUGGGAAUUCACAGAGCGACACUUAACACGAGUAUAAAAUUACACAUCAAGGCACAAGAACGUAUUCUUCACACCAAAGUGCUUCUUUAGACCUCUUGAGAACAACAGAACGAAUGCCGCUCUGCAGACGCCGUCGCGAUGCCGAUGAAACCACAAUAUGUAAAAACAAGGCUAAUAUGCCUUACAUUUACACAGCUAUCAUUCUGUUUCUGUAGAGACACUGGCUGGUAUCACACAGAAUUAUCAACUAGAUUGAGUGGGUGAAUUCAAAGGUCUGGAUCGAGGGCAGUAGAGACAAGGAGGAGGCCCAGACUCAGUCAGCUAAUCUAUCAAAAGAGGCUCCCUGAAGGAUUCCGGUCAAGACAGCAGCUCGCUGACUGUCUCUGAUCCAAACCCACUUUCCUCACUGUUGUUCAG